CCCUUCUCGGAUCUGAGGCCCCUGGCGAGACGGAAGCCAUUCGGCUUCUCUCCUCGUCUCCUCCCGCUUCGAGUUCGAUCUUCUCCUCCCCUCCGGAUUCGCCGACCACCAUCGAUCUCCCUCCAUAAUUCAUCGCGGCAUCUCGAUCUCUCACAGGCUUUUCACUAAGGUUAGUGAUGCUUGGGUUUAUGAUAAUCUGUGAUUGAGAAGGUUGAGGUACUUGGAGGCUUAUCUGAAGUGACCUUGAUGAGCGAUGGCGUCCUCUGUGGAUCCAUGGAUAAAGGAGUUCAAUGAAGCUUCUAAGCUUGCUGAUGAUAUUACUGUUAUGAUUUCUGAAAGUGGUUCUUUGCCCCCAUCUGGCCCAGAAACCCAACGCCAUACAUCUGCCAUCAGGAGGAAGAUAACAAUUCUUGGGACUAGACUAGAUACUUUGGAAUCCCUUCUGUCCAAGCAUCCCAGUACUCAGCCAAAAAUGCAAAAGGAGUUGCAAAAACGCCAAGACAUGGUUGCAAAUUUGAAAUCUAAAGCAAAGCAGAUGGCAUCUGCAUUGAACAUGUCCAGUUUUUCUAAGAGGGAAGACUUACUUGGACCAAGUAAAAAAUCAGUUGAUGAGAUAGAAAGAACUUCGGGGUUAGAUAACUAUGGUGUCGUUCAUUUACAGCGGCAGAUCAUGAAAGAACAAGAUGAGAGCCUUGAGAAGCUAGAGGAAACAGUGAUAAGCACAAAACAUAUUGCAUUGGCAGUCAAUGAAGAAUUGGAUCUUCAUACAAGACUAAUUGAUGACUUGGACCAACAUGUGGACUCAACAAACUCACGGCUUCAGAGGGUGCAAAAGAGACUGGCUGUUUUUAACAGGCGUGUAAAAAGAAGUUGCUCUUGCAAGUGCCUUCUCCUGUCGGUGGGCGCUAUUGUGAUUCUAGCUGCUAUAGCUUUCAUUCUCAUCAAAUACUUGUAAAAGUUUCCCUGGCAAUUUUCUUGCCAGUCACUCUUGUUUUGGUCUGAGUCUGCUCACCAAUCUGUAGCAUUCCAGGACACUGUCAUUUGUUAUGCUGGCAAUUGUUUUGUUUCCAGGAAUUGCGCUUCACUUAAAGAUGCUGUUGGAUAACCCAGUGCUACGUGUAUGUUUGAUUGCAAGACAAAAAUUUUUGUUUGUGGAGUCA